AUGGGAGGACUACCAGAAUACGUCCAUGUCAACCACAGAGAUGCCCGGCUAUUUGUCGUCUCGCUCCUCGUAGCCUCUGGAGUAUCCCUCCAACAUGCCGAAACCGUCGCCCUGGGUCUAGUCCAAGCCGACCUGCGUGGCGUCGAAAGCCACGGUAUCAAUCGUCUGCCAUCUUAUCUCGCCCGCAUUCGCAAUGGAGUCCUUGAUCCCAAAGCAGAGCCCACUCUCACUCAAAUUACUCCGGUUGUGGUUCAGGUAGAUGGUCUUAAUGGCUUUGGCUUCCCCGCAGCCCACUUGGCGAUGAAGACAGCCAUCGAGAUGGCCAAGACGCUCGGCAUUGGAAUGGCCAGCGUCAAGCACAGCAACCACUUUGGCAUGUCGGCUUGGAUCGUGCAGCAAGCUGUUGACGCCGGGAUGAUGAGCUUGGUUUUCACCAACUCAUCUCCUGCUCUUCCGGCAUGGGGUGGGAAGGAGAAGCUGCUGGGGGUCUCGCCUAUUGCCUGUGGUGCGCCGGGCGGUGAAGGGUCGAUACCAUUCAUAUUAGAUAUGGCGCCCUCGGUUGCGGCGAGAGGAAAGAUUCAUAAGGCGAAGAGAAGAGGGGAGAAGAUACCGGGGGACUGGGCCUUGGAUGCUGAAGGGAGACCAACGAAUGACCCGGAUAAGGCACUCGAUGGAGGUGUGAUGUUGCCCAUGGGUGGACCGAAAGGGUCCGGGUUGGCCAUCAUGAUGGAUGUCUUUUCAGGUGUUCUUUCUGGUUCAGCAUUUGCCGGCGGUGUCACUGGACCUUAUGACAUGUCUCAGCCCGGUGAUGUCGGACAUUUCCUUGUCGCCAUCAAGCCGGACUUGUUCAUGAGCAUGGAUGAAUUUAAAGGCCGGAUGACAACGUUGUAUCAUCGAGUGGUGAGUUCAAAGAAAAUGGAGGGCGUGGAAAGGAUAUAUUUUCCGGGCGAGAUUGAGCUAUUGACGGAGAAGAAGAGGCUCGCUGAAGGCAUCCCGUUUGUGCAGGCCGAAAUUGAUGCUCUGAACAAGGAAGCUGAGCUUUUGAAGGUUGGAAAGAUUGGAGAAAGUCUUCGACUUGAGUGCCUGUGA